AUGGCCGGAGCUACACUUUUCGAACGUGCCCAGGCGCUGUCUAGUGUGAAUCGCGAGGAGGGCAUUACCCUGCUGAAUAAAAUUGUGCGUGAACAAGAGGUGGCCGAGAACGAUGAGGAGCUCAUACGCAUCAAGGAGCAGGGCAUUAUGCAGCUCGGCGAGCUCUACAAACAGGAGGGCAAGGCCAAAGAGCUGGCCGAUUUGAUCAAAGUGACACGUCCAUUUUUGAGCCUGAUCAGCAAGGCCAAGGCCGCGAAGCUGGUGCGUUCGCUGGUCGAUAUGUUCCUUGAUAUGGAUGCUGGCACUGGCAUUGAGGUUCAAUUGUGCAAAGACUGUAUAGAGUGGGCUAAGCAGGAGAAGCGCACCUUCUUGCGCCAAUCGCUGGAAGCUCGCCUCAUUGCCCUCUACUUUGACACGGCUCUGUAUACGGAGGCCCUGGCUCUGGGCUCGCAGCUGCUGCGUGAGCUCAAGAAAUUGGACGACAAAAAUCUGCUGGUUGAAGUGCAGCUGCUGGAGAGCAAAACCUAUCAUGCACUUAGUAACUUGCCUAAGGCCCGUGCCGCUCUAACUUCAGCGCGUACUACGGCAAAUGCAAUCUAUUGUCCCCCGAAAGUGCAGGGCGCUCUCGAUCUCCAGUCGGGCAUUUUGCAUGCAGCCGACGAGCGUGAUUUUAAGACAGCAUUUUCGUAUUUCUAUGAGGCAUUUGAGGCCUUUGACAGCGUGGACAACGUCAAGGCACUGACUUCUCUCAAGUACAUGUUGUUGUGUAAGAUUAUGCUUGGACAGUCGGACGAUGUCAAUCAAAUAGUUAGCGGCAAGUUGGCCAUAACUUACUCCGGCCGCGAUGUUGACGCCAUGAAAGCCGUGGCGGAGGCCUCACAUAAGCGCUCGCUGGCCGACUUUCAACAGGCAUUGAAGGACUACAAAAAGGAGCUAGCUGAGGAUGUCAUCGUACAGGCACAUUUGGGCACGCUAUAUGACACAAUGCUGGAGCAGAAUCUAUGUCGCAUUAUUGAGCCAUAUUCGCGCGUACAGGUGUCCCAUGUGGCUGAGAGCAUUAAUCUGCCCAUGCCACAGGUGGAAAAGAAGCUAUCACAAAUGAUAUUGGACAAAAAAUUUAGCGGCAUUUUGGAUCAGGGCGAGGGCGUACUCAUCGUCUUUGAGGAGACGCCAGUGGAUAAGACAUAUGAGCGUGUUCUGGAGACCAUACAGAGCAUGGGCAAGGUGGUCGAUACACUGUAUCAAAAGGCCAAGAAGCUGUCAUAAGUACUCUAAACUGGAAUAUGCACAUACAGACCCCUAAUCUGCUCUCCCCUUCCCCUACAUCCGCGCAUCAACAUUUAAUUAUUAUCUGGCGAAGUUAGAAGACAAUUUUUUUUGGUUAUUCCCAUGCAUUCUGCAACCGAAGAGAAAAAAUUCCCACAGGGGAUCCCUUUGAAAAUCAUCAACUUUGUUAUAGCCACAUCUUUGUAUGUUUCGAUACAAUUAACAACAGCUGAAAACAAAAACAAAUAAUAAAAUAAAAACAUGUAUUGGUGGUAAUAGCAGUAAAAAUAUUGUGUAAACCAUAAUAAAAAUAUCUCUAAGCGUAAUUAAUUAUCCCAAAACUAA